UGCGCGGGCAGCGCACGGGGCGGCGCCGAUCCCUUGUUCGCCAUACUUGCACAGGAGCGCAGGGCAACGAACGCACUUACUGCAAAGGCACCUGAAAUCACUACUGCAUUAAACAUUAAGAGAAAUGUGUUCAGAUGAUAUCACAUAGCAGAGUUAGGUCAUCCACAAACAGCGUAAAGAGAAAUACUGCUGUUCCUGCUGCCGCUUCAUCAGCACCACCUCACAGAGCAGCUACUGAUCCAGUAGGCUGCACGCUUUCCAUCAGCAUUCCCCUCUGGCAUUGUUGUUGUGGUCAUCUGUUUAUCCAGUGAUUUACAACCUUUCCCCCAAGAGACAUGGCUGAGGAUGAGGUGACUCCGGAGCAGCUAGCAGCCAUUGCCGCCGAAAAUGAGGAGCCAGAGCCGGUGAACUACAAGCCACCAGCCCAAAAGACGGUGAAAGAGAUCCAUGAGCUGGAUAAGGACGAUGAGAGCCUACGCAAAUAUAAGGAAGCCCUGCUUGGCUCUGGGGUCACUGAGUCCGAUCCCAGUGUUCCCAAUGUUCAGGUGACUCAGAUGUCUUUGAUCUGUGAAAGCGCCCCUAACCCCCUGGUCCUCGACCUGCAAGGAGACCUGGAAGCCUUUAAGAAGCAGGCCUUUGUUCUGAAGGAGGGCGUUGAAUACAAAAUAAAGAUCAGCUUUAAGGUGAACAGGGAGAUUGUGUCAGGUCUGAAGUAUGUGCAGGAGACAUGCAGGAAAGGAAUGAAGAUUGAUAAAUCAGACUACAUGGUGGGCAGCUACGGGCCUCGUCCCACUGAAUAUGACUUCCUGACAACAAUGGAGGAGGCUCCUAAAGGCGUGCUAGCCCGCGGUAACUAUUACAUCAAAUCCAUGUUUACUGAUGACGACAAGCAUGACCACCUGUCCUGGGAGUGGAACCUCAACAUCAAGAAAGACUGGAAAGACUAAAAAGAGGCCUUUUGUGUUUUGUGGGGUUGAGGAAAAUCAAAAUCCCUCACCCCACCCCACCCCCAUGCGUUCCUCAGCCGUUCCCCUCAUCCCCGCCCUGUGUCCACCAUUUCUGCCUUCUUUGUUUUUACGUUGUCAUGCAUUUCAUGCUCUCAUGCCUUAGUUCCCACCUCGCUGUCUUAAUAGCCCCAGCAUCCUUCCCACCUCUCUGUCAGCAUCAGUAGCAGCAGCAGUAGCAGCAGCACCACCACCACCCCACCCCCACCUCCAACCACCACCACCCCACCCUCCAACCUCCCCUUUCAGUCCCUCAGUCCGUCCAGCAUUUCCCUACCUGCCCAACUUUUCAUUGGUUGCACACCAGCCACCACCGUUCACCUACCUGCAACCCCCCCACCAAGCCUUCACACCCCCCCACACCCAUGAGCUGUGCCAUGUAGCACCUUACUUCCCUCAUACCGCAGCACCUUUUCUUCUCUUUUGUCCCCAUUUUUUGCUGCUUGAAGAGAUUAACCCCCGCCUUCCACCUGUCCAGAAUGGUGUCUUCCUCUCUCAGUAUCAAGUACAUGUGGAUAAGCAACUGUACAAUCAACUUUUGUUUGCCUUUUUUAUAUAAUUGUAUCAAUGGUUGUGUAAUGUGACUGUAAUCACAUCACUGUUAAUCAGCUGUUGUGUUCAUAGCAGGCCCCACCACAUCCACCUGCCCUUCCCUCACCCUGCUACAUUCAGCAUUCCUUUGCUUGCCUACUUGCUUGCUGUCUUUUGAUAUAAUUACCAGUACCUGCCUUGUAAAAACAAUUCAUUCAGAGCUGCUCUUCAGCACCUCCCUCCCUACCCUAAAUGUGUUCACCCCACUCUCCCUUAAAUGGAGACUGGGGCCAAAGUGAACGAGGGAGUAAAAAGUAGAAGGGUAAAACAAAUAAAAUAAGCUGCCUUACGUAUCGAUUAAUGUCUAAACUUAUUCAUGUCUGUUAAGCAUGCCUUGUGUGCACGAACAGUGCUUACUUAGUAGUCUGUAUAUCAAGGGCUUACUCUCGCUACCAACUAAUCUGUAGCCCUGUUGUAGUGGAGACCAUUUAUACAGCUUACUGAGUUACAGCUCUGCACACACCCACUGCCCCCCUACCCCCACCCCACCCCCCAAAAAAUUUAACUGACCUUGUAAUUGGAGGGGACUGAAUGUUAAGAAUUGGAGAAAAGAAACCAAACCCAGUGAAAAUCUGCAUUGGCACUCUUGUUCCUUUUAGCCAUGAGGCCUUAGCACCGACUACGACCAUGUGGAGAUAAACAGCGACAAAUAUUAAUAAUUCAAUCUUUUUUUAUUUGUUAUUUCCCCUUUUGCCUUAAUGUACAUCAUUCCCCUACAAAGCCCCCCCGCACUCAUUCAGAUAGCUUCAUAACUCGUAGCCCCGCAGUCAGGAGAUCCCAAGUGUGGAGUAGUACCAGAGAAAGCACAGGAGGAGGCUGAGCCAGACACCGUCUGCUGCUGCCGGAGACCUUGAUGGUGUCUGGUCUCACCCACAGACAGACACUGAAGAGAGAAAAAAAACUGACCAGGCCUUCAGCCUUUUUACCCAGUGGCCCUCUCAGAAAGAGACCUCAGUGACAUGAAGGGUCAAGUGACACUACUAGAGAAACACAUGCUCAAUAUUUUAUCAGGAGAGGAGAGAGUUUUAAAAUGUAACUGACCGGACACACUAAAAUUGAAAUCAACUUGUACUGUACCAGAACAUAUGGAUGUAAAACUUUUUUUUGUUUCUUCUGAUAAUGAUAAUUAUGUAUUCCUGCUCCAUACAUUCCUUCACAUUGUACAGUUUCUAUAAAAACGCUGGCAUGCUGGUGGGGUUGUAUAUUCUGUCAUCAUUUGUGAUUGCUCUUCUUGGUCAAUAAAGAUUUUGCUCAA